GGACCGUUUCUGAUGUAGCGCUCUCUCAGUACUGUCAGCGGCGGUGGGAGUUUCAUAGAGAUUCAGAGAGAGAGAGGUCAGAAAGCUCACACUGACCCCGCCACGACUAACUAUCACUAUUGUAGAUGUGAUGUGUAUUUAUUCAGAUCUUUAACUCAGGAUUAACAGGAUUUCAGCCCUGAAUAAAGCAGCAGCCGGUCUCUGGAUGAGGAAGUCUGAAGCGACACUAAUAAAAACACCAGCGCUUGACUAACACUGCUGUUAUAAUGACUUUGGUGUGUGAUGAUGUUUAACAGCUGAUUUAUAGCGAGCAGGUCAGUUCAGACCGGCUCGGGUAUAUUAGUUAAAGAGUCUAGUAUCUAGACCUGUGUGUGAGAGGGCUAGUAUGAGUUUCAUGUGUAUUCGGCUUUUUAAACCCCAGAGCGGGUCACCUCUGCUGACUCUGAGCAGGACUCUGAGCAGGACUCGGGCGCCGCGGUGGUCUCAGCACCAGCACCAGCAGCAGCAGCUCCCCCCUCAGACCCGCCCGAGGCUGCACUCCGUCUUCUGUCCGAGUUCGGGGGUUCAGACUCGACUCCAGAGAACCAGACACAUCUACUCCAGCCCUGAACACCUCCUCCCCCAGACCUCCAGCCGCCUCCCAGCACUAACUCAGCCCGCUAAACUCUUGCACACCUCAGCUGGACUCCGAGCCCUGCCCGCCCCCGUCCUUUGGCUGGUCUUCAAACCCCUCCAGAAGUUGGCAGCUAUAAUACUGGGAAGAAGUAUCAGGAAAUGGUGGAAGGCUUUGCCACCCAAUAAGAAGCAACUAUUCCGAGAGUGGGUGUGGCAGCGUCGAUGGCAUCUGGUAGCAGCUGGUGCGGGACUGAUGCUCAUCACCUCGCUCUUUUUAUUUACCCAUCUGGAAGAGUCUCCAAUCACAGGCAGAACCAGAUUACUGGUCUUUAGUAAGGAGAGCUUUAUGGAACUGGCCCAGCAUGCGUCAAAUGAGUACAUGGAGGAAUUUGAGAAAUUGUUCAUCCCUGUUUCAGACCCCAGGCAACAGGUGGUUGAGCAAGUGGUCCAGCACUUGGUCCGAAGAAACCAAGACAUGGAUGGGAUUAAUUAUUUGCCCUGGAAAGUGCAUGUAGUAGAAAGCCCAGUCGUCAAUGCCUUCGUUCUGCCUGAUGGAAAGGUAUUUGUGUUUACAGGAAUGUUGGAAGCUGUGGCAGACAUCCACCAGCUAUCCUUUGUACUGGGGCAUGAGAUGGCCCACGCUUUGAUUGGUCAUGCUGCUGAACAGGCCAGUUUGUCUCAUGUGGUGGAUUUGUUGUCUCUGAUCCUGUUGACGGCGAUAUGGGCCAUCUGUCCUCGAGACAGCCUUGCUGUGCUGGGCCAAUGGAUACAAAGUAAACUGGUCCAGUUUAUGUUUAACCGACCCUACAGCAGAAAGCUGGAAUCAGAGGCUGACCAGGUUGGAUUGCAACUGGCUGCUAAGGCAUGUGCAGAUGUGAGGUCUGGACCUGUGUUUUGGCAGCAGAUGGAAUUAGCUGAGCAACUGAAAGGAGAACCCACCAUACCAGAGUGGCUGUCUACCCACCCCUCCCACCGCAACCGCAUCACACACCUCGACCGCUUGAUCCCAGAGGCCCUGGAGCUCCGCUCAAAGUGUGAAUGCCCCCACCUUCCUGCUGUCGAUCCUCGUGCCGUCUUCUCUAAGACUGUGCAGAAGCUGCUGGAAGACGCCAAGAAGCAAGAAAGUGAGGAGAACCAAGAGAGGGAAAGAGCUUUAGUACCUCUUCCACAAGUGUCCACAAUUCCACCACAUGGAGGACAGCCUCAGUUGGGUGGAGCACUGGCUGCAUCUGCUCUGCUGCAGAUGGAUGGUCUGGCCCUAAAAGGAGUUUAACAAAUAUUAUCCAUUGAUUUGGACAUUGUACAUUGAAAUAAAGGUGAAAAACAACCAGAGCUGCUUCUAAAAUCUGUAGUUUAUUGUCUAUAAUUUGCUUAAUGUUCGAUCAUAAUUAUGGUGUUCCAUUUCUUUCUUGCUUCAUUUUUUUUUCACAAUGACAAAACAAAACAUAUGGUAAUAUUUACUGUAGCUAUACUGUAUAGCUAUACUGCUAUACAAGUAUUAGUGAGUUCAGGUAAUGAUAUUGAAUGGUUAGUUCUGGAUCUCAAACACCUCUUCAGCUCUUUAUAUAUUGGGUAUUGGAUGGAGCUCCAUCACUCCAGAGAACACAGAUCUGCUGCUCCACAUCCCAGUGCUGGGGGCAUUAUACCUCUCAAAUCCAUGCCUGCCACUGGGCAUGCGUUUAUAUAUGGGUGCUCUAGAGUAUUCUAUGGAGAUUAUAUGAGCUGUAUGUGCACAACUGAAUAAUACCCUGUAUUAGCAGGUGCUGCUUAAAGUUGAGAAUAAGAAAUGGAAGGAGUUAUUUAGUUUUCUUCAUUGUAGUAAAAAAAAAAAAAGAAAAAGAAAAGGGUUUCAAUCAAACUGUCAGCACUUUCCUUUUAGCCUAGCCUAAUGCCCUUUACUUCCUGUUAAAUCACAUAUCAAAAACAUGUCAUAAGUGCAGACAGGUUAUAAAACCCAAGUCAGAAUAGAUCCACUGCACUAGACAUCAGUGACCGAGUCUUUCUCAGUUUUUUGUUGUUUGUAUUUAGGAAUGUAAAAAAAGACAAGCAUCUGAGGUAGAGUCUAUCUGAGGUAUUAUAUUCCAUAUAAAAGUCUGAACAAAGGGCACGCUCGUCCUGAGAAUAAGGGAGCGAUCGUAAACAAGGAUUUGAUUAGCUUUAAUGUUACAAUUACCAUAAUGGCUCCAUGCAGACACAUUUAUCAUUUACUUAGCCGGAAUAGUCAUUUGUCUUGUAGCAGGUACCAUCUGAACUUGAUGGUAGAAAAAAUAUAUAUUUUUAUAUAGCGUUGUAGUUUUAUACUUCAAGUAAUUCUUCUGUAGUUCUAUACGUUUCUGUCUAUGCAAAGAUGUUUGAUUUUAUGUUUGCUGUGAUUAUACCACAUCUACAUUUAAUUAGACUGUUCGAUCCUAUCCUUAAAGCAAUAUUUAUAAGCCAGACGGGUAAUAUAAAAUUAUUUAAAAUUUAAAAUUGUUGAAAAUCUGGUGUAAUAUCCUUUCUGAGAAAUGAACCCUAAAUAACUGGGAGCUGUAUAACAUAAGCAUAGCUGUAGUGAAGGUAUAGAUCCUGUUUCUUCUCCUCAUGGCUUUAAGUAGCAUUUUUGAGAGUCCCUUUUAGAUGCUCUAUAAUUUUUAAUUUGUUUUUUACAUUUAACUACAUGCACUGAAUGGCCACUUCAAUAACACCACCUCCAUGUUUCCAUAUUUGCUGUCCAUGGUACCAGCUAAGCUGAGUAUAUAGGUGCACUUUGUGGUUCUAUAAUUACAGAUUGUAGUUCUGUAUCUGUUUCUCUUCAUACUUCAUCAUUAUCCUACUUUCAACCUGUUCUUUAAUGGUAAGGACCCCACAGGACCACCACAGAGCAGCUUUUAUUUGGGUGGUGGGUUAUUCUCAGCACUUGCAGUGAUAUGGUAGGGGUAUAUUAGGUUGUGUUGUUCUGGUACGAGUGGAUCACAUACAGCAGCGCUGCUGGAGUUUUUAAACACUGUGUUCACUCACUGUCCACUCUAUUAUACACUCCUACCUCCUACUCCCAUUCCUAAUGAAUGUAGAAACAAGGAGGGAGUUUCAAUGAAUGUGAUAGAAUUCGCUCAAUCUAACCGUAAAUUUAAGCCAGACCCAGUGCUUAAAUCACCAGGUUGUUUUCUCUGACACUGAAAGUGUUUUUUUAAAACAAUCUCUGCUUAUCUGCAGUACACUUUCAAAGUAAAAGUAUGUGUGGAAAUUAAAUUUUAAGUUCUUUUGAAAUUAAAUAAAUUUGUGUUAUGUCUAUGUUAAGAUUAUAAAGUGAAUAUGAAUUAAAAGAUUGUUAUCAUUGUUCCAUGUUUUGAAUGCUUUAUUUUAUCCUUUUCUCAUUAAAGAUAAGAGUCAUUGAAUUACUAUGACUAAGCUUAGCUCGUUUUCUGUUCACACGUACAAAUGACCUGCCUAACCAGCUAAUGUCUGUUUCUAUAUAAGUGCUAUGGAAUGACUUGUUGGGAACCAGUAAACCAUUUUUUUUUGGGAAAAGCAAA